CGUGGGUGGGAGACCUGUCCUCACCUUCAGUCGAAGCAGAAGGGGAGACGCUGCUCACUUGCUCAGCAGCAGCAGCAGGAGCAGGAGGAUAAGCCCAAGAAGGGACGCGAGAGAGGACGACGAAGCCUUGGAGGACGCAGAGCAUUCCGUUGCAGAAGGAUUUGGUGAGAAAUCUCAUCAUGCAGACUUCAAAAACAAGGAAUGGGCCCUCAGAUGCCCCGCAGAAGACUUCUCCAAGGACACCACGGGCAUCUCGUGUGGCCAAAACUGGAGGGAAUGAAACUGAUUCAACAGGAGUCACCCCGACAAGAACACCUACAGACAGGAGUCUUAAGGUCACUGAGCGGCGCUCUCCACGAAGCCCAAUUACUGAGAAGAAGCGCCCAAGUAGGCUAUCUGAACUGGAAUCUAAAGUCAGCCAUCUGCAAGAUGAACUGAAGAAGGCCAAGGAGCAGCUUAGCUCAUCGGAGGCACGAAGGCGCCACGCACAGCAGGAGGCUGAGGAAGCAAAAAAGCAAGAGCAGGCUGCAACCACGAAGCUGGAGGACUUGCAAAACCAGCUUGAUGAGUCCUCAACAGCAGAGGAAUCCUGUCUCCAGGAGCUGCGCAAGAUCUCACAGGAGCGUGACCGUGCCUGGGAGUCAGAGCUUGAGGCUGUGCAGAAGCAGCACUCAGUAGAUGCCGCUGCACUCAGCUCAGCCAUGUCUGAGAUUCAGAGGCUGAAGCAGCAGCUGGAAGCCACAUCAGAGUCUGACGCGGCCCGUGCGAAGCAAUGCGAGUAUGCAGAAACUGAGAUUGAGGGCUUAAAGCAGGAGAUGGAGAUCCGCCUAGCGACUAUCGAAGGCCUGAAGGUAAAUAUCGGUGAGAGCGACAAGGCUGCAGCUGAGGCAAAUGCCAUAGCAAAUGAGGCCAAGCAGCAGCUGGAGACAGCAAAAGCUACCAUUGACUCGUUCAUAGCUGAGGGUUUCCACAUGCAAGACCGCCUGAGAGCAAGGGACAUGGAACUCAAUGAGUCUAAGGCUCGCAUAGCGUUGCUUGUGGAAGAUCUGAAGAAGGCACAGGACAUGGCCAAUACCAAUGUCAGCUUUGGCAACCCUGAGCCUGAAUCUCUGAAGAAUGUGGUGACCACUGCUGAUGCCGAUGGGUUCUGUGAAAGUUCUGACCAGGAGAUCGAGCACUUGCGUACUGCACUUGAGGUGGCUGAGAUAAGGUACCAGGAGGAGCAAACUCGGAUGACUAUUGAGACGAAGACGGCAUACGAGAUGCUGGAGAAUAUGAAGGCCGAGUACAUGCGCAGAGUGGGUGAGCUUGAGCUCGAGCUGAAGAACAAGAACGAUGCACUCAUGGAAGCAAUGGCAGCAGCCUGUGCAGCAGGCAAAACGCAGCAGGACCCUCACAAGCCAGACGCCAUUCAGCCUGAGCUGGAGGCGAAGCUGAUGUGGUCGAUCACGGACAACGCGGAACUGAAGGCAAGCCUGAUGGACAAGGAGAACGCGCUGCAGAGCUUGGCAGAGGAGAACGAGACCCUCAAGCUGCAGGCUGGCAGGACAGAGGCGGAGCUGCAGCAGAAGUACGAGGCGGUGGUGGCGGAGCUGGAGCUGGCCAAGGCGGCGGAGCAGGACGUGCGGAUGCGGCUGGGCCUGGUCACCGAGGAGGCUGACAAGAGCAGCCGGCGCGCUGCGCGGGCCUCCGAGCAGCUGGACGCGGUGCAGGCUGCGAGCGGGGAGAUGGAGGCGGAGCUGCGCCGGCUGCGCGUGCAGUCCGACCAGUGGCGCAAGGCUGCUGAGGCGGCCGCGGCUGCUCUGUCAGGCGGCAGCGGUGGUGGGGAUAACAACGGCAUCGGGAGGACCGUGGAGCGGACUGGGUCACUGGAGCCAGAGUACAAUAACUCCAUUGGCGGGAAGCUGAUGAGCUCGCCAUUCUCGGAUGAUGUGGACGAGGAGUCCCCCAAGCGGCGUAACAGCGGCGUGCUGCGGAGGAUGAGCGGGCUCUGGAAGAAGAGCCCCAAGUGAGGCGGGUCAGCCGGUCAGGUUAUGUAGGGUAGGGUGAAGGUGCUGCUGCAGCAGGUAGAAGCAAGAUGAGAUGUUACAGCAGCCAGAACGAGGUAUACUGAUCAGCAGAGAGGUUGUUAGCUACCGAUGCUUGUAGUGCUACUAAUCCGGAUGCUGUAACAGUAGUAGUAUGCUGAUGAAUGCACCAGGGAUGAUGAUGCUUUUGCAGAACGUGGUUAGUUGAUUGUGACAUGAUCAUCCUGUGUUGGCUGCUGCAAGUCAACUUGAAAGAACGUUGGGUGGUUGGGUUUUUAGGGAGCAGCUGCUUCGGGCUGCCUAUGCUGUAAUGUAUGGAUUCUCAGUCAGAAUCAGAAUCUCUGGGUGUUUUCUUUCCCCUUUGGGUCUGCAA